CUUAAGUCAGUUCAAAUGCUAUCCGUGGACAGGCGGCUCAUUGUCAGGAGAGUUGCAGUGCGAGCAGGAGGGAGAGAAGAGAGGCACAGGUACAACAGCAGCUACUGCAGCAGCACUUCAGCCCCAGCAUCACAGAGAAAAAACACACACACACACACACUCUGCUACACUCAGCUGAAAGAAGAUGGAAAAAGAUAGAGUAAGCAUCUCACCGCGAAGAAGUCCUCCCCUCCGAGAAGAGCUAAGACAAACAUCUCAGCGCAGUUUCUACCUAAGCCCAGCUCCACUCUUUAUUCAGCCCCCCAAAUUUUCUCCUGCUAGAUAUCCCAGUAUAUCACCCACCAGAGAUGCCUACAGUGCUUUUAGUCCACCUGUUUUCUUUCCCAUGCUUGGCCCCAGUUACACCCUCAAAGAAGGAUCCCAAAAACGCAAAAGGACUCCCUUAAAAGUGGAUGGCCAUGAGGGAGGUGAAUCUCCUGAGAAGGAGGCAGAAGAGGCAGAAGAAAGCCGCAGUAAGAAGACAGUGGACCUGCCGCACAUUCCCUUUUCCCUCCCACCUCGUCCUUUUCCAUCUCCAAAACCCAUCCCUGGCAUGAUCGAGCUCAACAGCCUGCAGCUUCAACACAGACCUCCAGAUGUGAAUUUUCCUGUGCAGAUAAAACAGGAGCCACUCAGUCCUUCCCCCAUCUGGCCACCCUCUCCUCUGCUUCUUCACCCUCCCUACUUCCCACCUCUCCACCACAGCCUUCUCCCUUACCCCUUCUUUAUGCCUGGCCCUAUCAUGCACCACCCCCCUGGUGGUUUCUACCCCAGAGAGGACCUCCGCCCCAGUCAUAGCGCCCGUGAAGGAGCUCCUCGAAGUGGUACGAGCAGCGCUGAGAAGCUCGGUCUCAAUGUUCACGUAGAUGACAGCUACUAUGUGGACGUUGGCGGAGACCAGAAGAGAUGGAAGUGUCGAAUGUGUGAGAAGUCCUACACAUCUAAGUAUAACCUGGUCACACACAUCCUGGGUCACAACGGCAUCAAACCACACGGAUGUCACCUGUGUGGGAAGCUAUUUAAGCAGCUGAGCCACCUGCAUACACACCUACUCACACACCAGGGAAUGAGGCCCCACAAGUGCCAGGUGUGCCACAAGGCCUUCACCCAGACCAGCCACCUGAAGAGACACAUGAUGCAGCACAGUGACGUGAAGCCAUACAGCUGCAGUGUGUGCGGUCGAGGUUUCGCUUAUCCCAGCGAACUUCGAGCCCACGAGCUGAAGCAUGAAAAAGGUCAAGAGAAUGUAUGUGUGGAGUGUGGUCUAGACUUCCCCACACUGGCACAGCUAAAGAGGCACCUGACCGUCCACCGAGGUCCCACAUUGUACAGGUGUACAGAGUGCCAGAAGACUUUCCAGUAUCCCAGUCAGCUUCAGAACCACAUGAUGAAACACAAAGACAUCAGACCGUAUAUCUGCAGUGAGUGUGGGAUGGAGUUCAUCCAGUCGCACCACCUGAAACAGCACACGCUCACUCAUAAAGGGGUGAAGGAGCACAAGUGUCGCAUCUGUGGUCGUGAAUUCACCCUGUUGGCCAACAUGAAGCGUCACGUCCUCAUCCACACCAACAUACGGGCCUACCAGUGCCACAUGUGCUUUAAGAGUUUCGUCCAGAAACAGACUCUGAAGGCUCACAUGAUCGUCCACUCGGACAUCAAGCCCUAUAAAUGCAAGCUUUGUGGGAAAGAAUUCAACAGGAUGCACAACCUAAUGGGCCACAUGCAUCUCCACUCAGACAGCAAACCCUUCAAAUGCCUAUACUGCCAGAGCAAGUUCACACUGAAGGGGAACCUCACCAGACACAUGAAGGUUAAACAUGGUGUCAUGGACAGAGGCCUGGAUGAGAGACUAUUUAGGCAAAGAGGGCGUUUCUGUCUGACCACCCCGAUGGACCUCCUCACCCACUUCAGCCAAGAGGAACCGUUUGACCUCUCCCAGAAACCCCCGGGUCUGCCCAGCCUCCGUCUCUCCCAGUCUGAUGGUGAGAGUGUCCCGGGAAGCUCCUGUCAGGAGGAGGAGGAUGAGGAGAGUUUGUACAGAAGGAGCCAGUACAGCCCUGAAGUAGACCACCACGAGCCAGCAGGUGAUCAGUACAUGCCUGAGCUGGAGGAAAGAAGGCAGGGAUCCCCUGGUGAACCGAGGGAAGGCAAGAGACAGAAACAGCAGAAGUACCAGGAAAGUUUAGAGGAUGAGACGUUUGAGAGGGAGUCAGGAGCAGAAGGUCAAUCUAAAGUUCCCAGAGGUAACAAGGUGCAGCUAUUGGAGUCCGAGACAUCCUAUGAAUCAGAUGCAGAAUUAGGUGAGCAGGUGGGCCGCCAAAAAAUGGUCCGUAGACAGUCAUAUGAAUAUGACUCAGAAGAAGAAGAAGCACAUCAGCAAGAGCUAGAUGAACCAAAACAAAGAAAAGAAAAGUUGGACAACUUUCACAAGGCCAUCGAUGUGGAAGAGACAAACAUAUACGAGUGCAUUGCUCGAAGAGUUUACGGGUCAAACGGUGAAGAAGACAAACAUGAAGAAAAGUGAGUCAAAGACUCAGAAGAUAAUUAAAUGUGUAGCAUUGUUUCUUGUUUAAAACUAAGUGGUUGUUUUGGAAGGCAACGACAAUAUGUAUGCUUCCAAACAUCUCUGAUUAGGGAAGGGUGGUGAGUAGCAGCGAAUGAACUUGUUGUUUAUUACCAGAGCAAAAAAUCAAGAAUAAAUACAAGCUGUGAAGAAUAUUGCAUGUAAAAAAACAUAUCAAAUUAUCAUUAAUAGUGACUGACAGAAGCUUUGGCUGGAAACGUGCGAUGUAAAUAAAAUGCAAACAGAUAUUUAAUGUUUUAGUUUUUUACAAAUCAUUUUGAAAUGUUUCUUAAAUAUGUAACUCUGUUUUGACUCAGAAUCUAAUCUGUGAUAUUAAAAUUUUAAGUGUUACUGAUCACACCAUUGUACAUGCUCUACUCUUGUUUGUGUGAUAUUGUUCUAAAAGUCAGCAAAAAACUGGAUGAAAAAUGUUUUUGACAGACACAAUUGAAAAAAAAAGCUAAAAUGAUUUUGUUUUUUUA